CAAAAGCUCCCAGGCUAUCGCAGAGCGCUCUAGAGCCCUGGCCAGCGCACAGCCUUCCCGGCGCCCGCAAGCAGGGUCUUGGGAAUUCUCACUUGCUUCGGCUCACUCUCCUUCACACACAAAAAAAACCUCACUGGAUCUUACAUGCUUCUGUAAUCCCCACUUCCACCCAUGUCCCCAUGAUCCUGUGCCAGCAACAGGACAAGUUCUCUGGAUGUCAGCUGAGUUACUAAGGUAACUAUUGCUCAAAAGGCAAACCUUGGUAGAACCCCAAGGUCCUUGGAAGCAUCCAUCUCUCCUCAUUUUUUAAAAUUUUUGGUGUGUGUGUCUUCACCGAACAUUCAAAACUGUUUCUUCAAAGGGUUUUGCAAAAACUCAGACUGUUUUCUAAAGCAGAAACACUGGCGUCCACAGCAGAAGCAAUGGGCAGUGUGCGAACCAACCGCUACAGCAUCGUCUCUUCUGAAGAAGAUGGCAUGAAGUUGGCCACCAUGGCAGUGGCCAAUGGCUUCGGGAAUGGCAAGAGUAAAGUCCACACCCGGCAACAGUGCAGGAGCCGCUUUGUGAAGAAAGAUGGGCACUGCAAUGUUCAGUUCAUCAACGUGGGUGAGAAAGGACAGAGGUACCUGGCAGACAUCUUUACCACCUGUGUUGACAUUCGUUGGCGAUGGAUGCUGGUUAUCUUCUGCCUGGCAUUUGUGCUCUCCUGGCUGUUUUUUGGCUGUGUGUUUUGGUUGAUAGCUCUGCUCCAUGGGGAUCUGGAUGCUUCUAAAGAGAGCAAAGCUUGUGUGUCUGAGGUCAACAGCUUCACGGCUGCCUUCCUCUUCUCCAUCGAGACCCAGACAACCAUCGGCUAUGGUUUCCGGUGUGUUACCGAUGAGUGCCCCAUUGCUGUUUUCAUGGUGGUAUUCCAGUCAAUAGUAGGCUGCAUCAUUGAUGCCUUCAUCAUAGGCGCAGUCAUGGCAAAGAUGGCAAAGCCAAAGAAAAGAAACGAGACUCUUGUUUUCAGUCACAAUGCUGUGAUUGCCAUGAGGGACGGCAAACUAUGCUUAAUGUGGAGGGUGGGAAACCUUCGCAAAAGCCACCUUGUUGAAGCUCAUGUCCGGGCACAGCUACUCAAAUCCAGAAUCACUUCAGAAGGGGAGUAUAUUCCCUUGGACCAGAUAGAUAUCAACGUUGGUUUUGAUAGUGGAAUUGACCGUAUAUUUCUAGUAUCCCCUAUCACUAUUGUCCAUGAAAUAGAUGAAGACAGCCCUUUAUAUGACUUGAGUAAGCAGGACAUUGACAAUGCAGACUUUGAAAUUGUUGUCAUACUGGAAGGCAUGGUGGAGGCCACUGCCAUGACGACACAGUGCCGGAGUUCAUAUCUGGCCAACGAAAUUCUCUGGGGCCACCGGUAUGAGCCAGUGCUCUUUGAAGAGAAACACUACUACAAAGUGGACUACUCAAGAUUCCACAAGACUUAUGAGGUACCUAACACUCCUCUUUGUAUUGCCAGAGACUUAGCAGAAAAGAAGUACAUCCUCUCAAAUGCGAAUUCAUUUUGCUAUGAAAACGAAGUUGCCCUCACAAGCAAAGAGGAAGAGGACAGUGAAAACGGAGUCCCAGAGAGCACAAGCACAGACUCACCCCCUGGCAUAGAUCUUCACAACCAGGCAAGCGUACCUCUAGAGCCUAGGCCCUUAAGGCGAGAAUCGGAGAUAUGACUGGCUGAUUCCGUCCUUGGAAUAUUUACGUUGCUACACAGUCUGUUGUUGGUCAGAGGUCGGAGACAGUU